UUGCAGUGUGAAAGUUCAUAGGGCAUGCAAAGGUCGUGUUUUUAGCGAGCAAUGGCUGCCUUGAGUUGGUUUACUUGCAGACAGCUGCCGCGGAUUGCAUCUCAGUUCGCCCGGGUUGUGAAACACGUCAGGCCGCAGUACCUCGGAGGACUGCCGGCGAGGAGAGUCCACGGGUCUUCGCGGAAAUGGGUGGUUGAGAAGGAGCAAUGGGGCAAGGCUCGGAUUCCCGAGUAUCAUCAGCUGACAGAACUCGAUAAGGCGGAUGCCUUGAUGCUGAGAAAGUCCCACGAAACCGGUUUCCUGUCUUGGUUCCGUAACGGACUCCUGGCCACCGGUAUCGGGGUCAUCGCUUUUGUCCAGAGUGACGUAGGACGAGAAGCGGGCUAUGCCUUCUUCAUCCUGGGUGGUGUGUGUGUAUCGUUCGGCGGGGCGUCCUACGUGGGCAGCCUGUUUUCCCUGAGGAGGAUGAUGCUUCUCUCGCUGCCUGCCGUGCUGCUGAAUGUUGCUGUGGUGAGCAGCAUCGCCCUCUUCUGGCUGUGUGCGGUAUCGCUCUACAUCGGACGCCUGGAGGUGGAGAUUAUACAUGAGGGUGACGAUGACGGAGGGGAGUGCCCAGACUGUCGCGACCGCUGCAACCACUCCCAUGGCGGCAGGCACCACGGCAACGACAAAGGCCAAGACAAGUAGAGCGCUUGAGUGGCAUAGGUGACGAAGUGCGUGUUUGUUUCUUUGUGUGUGAGUGAGUGAGACGGAGAGGACUGAUGGGGAGUGUGUAUGACACUCAAAGACACGUGGGUACAAAGGGGAUCAGUGAAAGGCAUGAUUUGGUUCUGUCCUCUGUGAUAGUCGUUUGUGUGGGUGGG